UUAACAUUAAAUAUGCCAUUCAAUGGGCACGAUUAAACGUAGUUAACACACUUGUAUUAAAUGAAGCUAGUUCAGGGACAGAAAGCGCUGUGUAGUUUUAGCAAUGCCGACCAUGUACCCAAAAUAGAAGAAGUCGACGAUGGAAUCAUUCUACUAAACGACUACGAUGGAAACGCAACAUGGAACAACACAGAACUUCACCUAGAGGGCACCUAUCUGGUUCAACUAUCAAAUGACUCGAUAAUUAUCGACAACCAGCAGUUCAGCAACUUGGAACCUACAGUCUCGACCCCCGGAGCACCUCUUGUGCAGUUUACGGCCGAAGAAAAAGAAAGACUUAAGGUUCUAUCUCUUGAAGCAUUGGAAGCAUUGCACAUAAACAACACUGGACAGCUGAUGAACAUAAGAACACAUUCAACAGUUAACAGCAUUACUUUGUUAACGCUCUUUGGGAUUGUGCUGGUUCUCAUCCUGGGUUUGCACAUCUAUAGCCAACGGAAGAGGAGGGGGAAGAGUUAACAACAAAAAUGUUUAAAUCCAGAACAAUGAACCCCAAUAAGCAAGCUUCAAUCUGCAAGCUCAGCGUCUGCUGCCAAGCAGAAUUCGAUAAUUUCCUGCACACGCCGAGCUGCCAAGUAGAGUUCGAAGAAUCUGAUUGGUAACAACUUCCGCUCCCACCAAUGCAAGUGAUUCCAAGAAGACUGCACUCAUUUGACCAGCAAAACAUCAGCCGAUGUCGUGGCCUAUUGGAAAGCUACGGAGCCGACGCCGAUCCUCUGCCACCAAGGGCAGCGCAGCUCACAGCCAAAGACUCACAGCUUGCUAGGGACAGCUUAGGGUAAUUUAGUUGCAAAUUGGAUUUAUACAAAUAAAGUCGUUCUUAACUGAA